UAACCAGAAGCUCCGGGCUUUGCCCGCAAGUAUCUGUUCAACAGAAGAUCAAACGCACGCAGGCCGUAUCAACUGGUUGUCGCCAUCUGCAACUGCUCGCUUCGAUGCAUCGCAUACCGCUUCCCGAAGGAUCGCAUGGCCUGCCCAGCACGUCCGGCGUGUUCGAGCAGCCAUGGCGUCCUCCAUUCACGCACUCCUUCGAGACUCACCCUGCGGACCAGCGGCGAACAUCUAGCGCACCGCAGCCCCCUCUUCCCUCGCACGCGUAUUCUGCCAUGUCAAGCCGAGAACUGCCACAGCUUCCUCCAGAUGGGCCAUAUGCCCGGCAAAGUAGUCUACCUGGACCACCAACCCAUGCGUCGCCAGAAACGCAUCCGCCUCCGCUGCCACCUCACCCGAAUUUCCGCCCCCCGAUAAACGGCACGCCUCACGAGCCGACCCCCCAUUCGGCACCCUCAGAGUAUCGGCCUGCAGUGGCACGAAUGUCUUACCCCCCACCUGAGACACCCAGCACUAUCGGAGAUCCUCCCCCGCCGCCUCCGCAAACACUACCCCCCGCCCAGUACACUCCGCCGGUGCCGCAUCUUUCUCACACUCCUACGCCUUAUGAUUCCGGCUACUAUCCGAAUCAAGCAUUCGGAAUUCGCCAUCGCAAGGCAGCCCGUGCUCAACAGGCAUGUGAUCAAUGCCGAGCAAGAAAGGCAAAGUGCGAUGAAGGCCGUCCCGCUUGUAGUCACUGCAAAGAAAAUAACUUGAUAUGUGUUUAUAAAGAAGUGCCCCCCCACAAACAAGAAAAAGCGACCCAACAAAUAUUGGACCGUAUGCGAGAGUUUGAGGAUGCAGUUACAGAAUAUUUGAGACGGGUGCAGGGGCUUCAGGUAGAGCAGGGAGCUCAGCUUACUCAACUUUUGGCAGAAGCCAGGAUUCCUGAAACCAAGAGUAUACAGGCUGCUGAAACCCAGAAACAGCCACUCAACCGCUUGUCAAAACCCGAGAUUGAGAAUCUCCUCCAGAAGACCGAGACCAAGGACGAGGAUAUAUCCAACCUAGUGAGCCGAGAACACGAAAAAGCCGCCGAAGGAGAACCACAGCUGCUAGUGACAGCGGAAGAUGGUGAUCUCUCGAUUCCAGUUGAACAUACAACCGCGGCUCACAAACUGCUCAUGUGGCCAUCGAUCAAGAGUCUUCUCUACCCGCGAGAGUACGAUGAGGACUAUGUGAUGAGGCUCGAGGAGGAACGCGGCCUGAUUCUUGUUUACGGCCGAGGCGAAGGCCAUCUCAGCAGCGAGACCAUGACCACGUCGUCUUCGGCCAAUGGGGACUCUAACCAGGAUAGUACUUAUACGUUUGAUGCACCUGCUGGUGGACCCUGGGGCCCUGGAACGCUUCCAAAUGGUACACUGCACAAACCCAGGGCAGAUACUCUGGACGAGAAUGGAUUCUUUAUUACAGAUCCCGAUACCGUCCGCCGCUUUCAUCAGAGCUACAUGGACCACAUACACAAACUCCAUCCGUUCCUCAAUCAGAACGAACUGCAAGACCAGUUGAAGGAGUUCAUGGAAAAGUACUGUCCUUCGCCAAGCUCCACUGCAUCGUCCGUGCUCAAUGGCAACGGUCAUGGUGUGGGCGACUUCCCGCGAACCGCAAAACGAAAGCGGUCCUGUGAAACUCUUCAGGGCGCGGGCUGCGAUGUUCAAUCUCCCAACUCCAUUAAGCCUGAGCGUCUAGGCUUCCGUCGCAUCGAGAAGUCUUUCAAGAACGCGAUUAUCCUAUUAGUCCUUGCGCUCGGUAGCAUCUGUGAAACCAAGCCUCCUGUUCCUGGACCGGUCACUGAUAUCCCUUUGGACUUCAAGAUGAUGGCUAUCCCUGGACCUUCCUCCCGCAACAUGCUUUCACGGGCGGAUUCAAUCUCCGCCAUGCCAUCGCAAGACAUUUCCUAUGGUCAGGCAGAUGGACAAUCGUUUUCCUCGACGGAUAGCCGCAAGUCAUCAUCGGACCGGCCACCCGCUCGUCGCAGGCUACGGAACCUGGACGUCAUUCCUGGUUUGGCAUUCUAUGCGUACGCGACACAAAUUCUGGGAAGCUUGCAAGGCGGGAAUGGCCUCGAUCAGGUACAGGCAGCCUUACUUGCCGGAUUGUAUGCCGGACAGCUGGCGCAUCCUUUCCAGAGUCACGGAUGGAUUUUUCAAGCAGCAAGAGCUUGUCAGGUGCUUGUGCGACCGAAACGAUACGAACAAUAUGUUGAUGGUCCUCUUAAAGACUCUAUUGAUUUUGCGUAUUGGACUUGUCUGCAACUGGAAAGUGAUAUUCUCGCGGAGCUCGAUCUUCCGGCCAGCGGCAUAUCUCGCUCGGAAGGACGGAUAUCCUUACCUAAGGGAAAAUACACCCUCUCUCUACCGAACGAAAUUUCUGCUCCAAGUACUAUGAUGAUGUUCUUCUACUCCGCGCAGAUACAUCUCAGGAAAGUUCUCAACCGCGUCCAUACAGAUCUGUACAAAGUUGAAAGAAAGGGCGAGUCGCGUUGGUCUUCCCAUGUGCAAGAGAUCCUUAGCAUGAACUUGGAGCUAUGGAGAAGUAGCUUGCCUGAGGUCAUGCGUUGGAAAGAUACGGAUCCCCCAUCCAAGGACAUCAACGUGGCACGCAUGCGUGCCAAAUACUACGGUGCGCGUUAUAUCAUCCAUCGGCCACUUCUAUUCCAUGCUCUCCAUUUUGCCAACGACACCGGCCGGUCGGCGUCGGUUGACUCUCCGACUGGAUCCGCAAUAUCUGGUUCGAAGUCGCAACAAGUCUCCCCAUCUCUGACGCAUAGCCAGCGCGCCACUGGCAUGGCACGCCUCGCUAGUGAUGUCGGCACAGUUGGGCGGAGCGCACCAACUCCCACUCCGGGGGGUGGGUCUUGGGCGUCAUACGCAUAUCGCGAUCUCUCGCCUAAGAUACGGAGGGCGUGCAAGUUGUGCAUCGACUCGGCCAUGUUGAGCACCGAGGCCUUUGACGGAAUUGUAGGUCGUCCUGUUGUGACCAACAUCUUCGGCACGGCUCAUGCCCAAUUUGGAAACAUGCUGGUGCUGUCAGCUACGUAUAUGUCGAGUUUAUCUGAGCUGGUGGAUCGAAAUGAUCUUGAGCGGCUUAUGAAGCGAACUAUUAACUUCCUUCUCCAAAGUCGCGAAAUUUCGCCUAGCUUGCGAGCGGAUGCGAAGAUUCUGAGCGAGAUAUACGAGAAAAUCUUCGGAGAGUCGAUCGACACCUUCAUUCAAUGCAGCUGAUCGUACCUGCUGUUGCUCUAUAUUCAAUUGCGUCCUUGGUUCCUGGCGGCGGGAUCCUACACAGCGUUCUCUACCAUGCCAUAGCCCAAUCUAGAACUAUUGAGAGUGAUCGAUAGCGCGAUACUCCUGUUUUUGGCUUCC